AUGGGAGACAAAAAGGACAAAGGAAAAGGAUCUACUGUGACGAAAAUGUCAGGUAUUGGGAAGGUGGGAGAGUUUAAUCCCCAUGAGGAAGCCAUUGAGUCGUAUUUAAUGCGUCUCAAACACUAUUUCAAGGCCAAUAGUAUUGAAGAUGGUAGUAAAGUUUCAGUGUUGAUUACUGUUCUGGGCCCUAAAAUAUUAGCAGUUUUGUCAGAUAUUGUGUCUCCUGAUGAGGUGGAUAGUAAAUCUUAUGAAGAUUUGUCAAAAGUAUUGGUCAAACAUUUUUCCCCAAAGAAGUUAGUAGUGGCGGAACGAUACAUGUUUUAUUCCAGGGUACAAAAGCCUACCGAAACUAUUUCUGAAUUUGUUGUAGCUAUCAAGCAUUUGUCUAGUACUUGUAAAUUUUCUACAUUUCUGAAAGAUGCCCUUAGGGACAAAUUGAUUUCUGGAAUUAAUAAUGAGGUGAUACGACAAAAAUUGUUGUCUGAAGACUUAGAUUUUGAAGAAGCUCAGACUUUGGCUCUCAGGCUGGAACAAGCAGAGAAGCAAACAGGUACCGUAGCGUACUUGGACGAUGUUCUAGUGGGAGGCUCAACACGUGAAGAAGCUUGUAGUAGAUUAGAAAAUCUGUUUCAGCGUCUGAUGGAUUAUGGAGUUCGGGUUAACGAGAGCAAGUGUAAAUUUUUGCAGCCUAAGGUUGAGUAUUUAGGCUAUGUGGUUUCAGCAACGGGAAUCAGCCCCCAGCAAGGGAUUGUGUCGGCUAUUCGAAAUGCCCCGGAACCGAGUAACAAGGAUGAGUUAAGGGCCUACAUUGGGUUGAUUAAUUACUAUGGAAAGUUUAUUUACAAUUUGUCAUCAAAAAUCAGUUGUUUUUAUGAUCUUUUGAAGAAGGACGUCCCAUGGAAGUGGACCAAAGAGUGUUCACGCACUUUUGAGGAAAGUAAGUCAUGGGUUCUUGACUCCAAUAUUUUGGUGCAUUAUGAUGUGUCUAAGCCACUUGUUUUAACGUGUGAUGCUAGCCCUAGGGGAGUGUCAGCCAUUCUGUCUCAUAUGGUCGAUGGAGAAGAGCGGCCUGUAGCUUUUGCGUCCAAAACUCUUAGCCCUAGUGAGAAAAAUUAUUCCCAACUACACAAGGAAGCAUUGGCGUUGAUAUUCGGUGUAAAGAAAUUCCACAAGUAUAUUUAUGGUCGUAAGAACUGUGUGUUACAGACGGAUCAUCAGCCGUUAGCGGCAAUUUUUGGAACAAAACGUGGUGUACCUAGCCUAGCUGCGGCAAGACUUCAGCGAUGGGCUCUCAUUCUGGCAGCAUACAAUUUUGAGGUUAAAUAUCGAAAAGGGGUUGACUUACCCCACGCUGAUGCGUUAUCACGCCUACCUCUACAAGAUGAUGAAUCGUUGGAAUUGGAGGAUAAUUAUGUUUCACAUGUUGAGUCUUGUGUUCAAGUAAUCAAUUUCUGCAGUGUGAGUGAUGAUUCUCCGAUUACGUCUUUGGACGUAGGAAGAUUGACGGACAAAGAUCCAUUGUUGUCGAGGGUUCGGGACUUUGUUUUACAUGGCUGGCGGGAGGUUCAAAAUCCUAUGUUGCUUCCAUUUCAGAGGAGACGAUUGGAGUUGUCAGUGGACAAGAAUUGUAUCUUGUGGGGAAGUCGGGUGGUGAUUCCUGAGAUGUUGAGGGAGAACGUUAUCCAGAUGCUCCAUGAACAGCAUCCUGGUAUAACCCGGAUGAAGUUGUUGGCUAGAAGCUACGUGUGGUGGCCAGGUAUCGAAAAAUCCAUUGAGGAGACAGUGGCGUCUUGUUUUGUAUGUCAAGGCACGAGAAAUGCCAGUCCUAGAGUUCCAUUGCAUCAAUGGCCGUUAGCCACGGAGAGGUGGCGCAGAGUUCACAUUGAUUUUGCAGAAGAUCCCACGUCAAGACAGCAGAUGCUCAUCCUAGUCGAUAGUAACUCAAAAUGGAUUGAGGUGUUUCUGAUGAGCUCUACAUCUUCCUCCAAGACUAUAGAGAAGCUUCGGACUUUGUUUGCAGCCUAUGGUUUGCCCGAAGAAUUGGUUUCUGAUAAUGGUACCUCAUUCACUAGUCUCGAAUUCCGUGAAUUCCUUAGAAAGAAUGGUGUCAAAUUCACCCUGUCCCCACCCUAUCACCCGGCAUCCAACGGAGCCGCAGAACGUUCAGUUCAGGAAGUCAAGAAGAGUCUGCUGCGCCAGGUCUUGAGUGAGAAGCGCAGUCAUCCUACUUCUUUACAGCAUAAGCUAGAUAAUUUUCUAUUUUCCUAUCGCAACACCCCCACUUCAGUGACAGGCGUGAGUCCGGCUGAAUUGUUCCUACGCUGGAAGCCUAGAACUCACUUAACAAUGUUGAAGCCAAAUUUGCUUGAUGAGGCCAGGAAGCAACAGGAGUUGCAAAAACGGGCAGCAGAUAAACACAGAGGCUCUGAUAGGUCCUUCAGUGAAGGCCAGCAUGUGUUAGUAAAGACGGUGAGGCAGGAAAAAAUUUCUUGGGUUCCCGGCCAAAUUGUGGAGUGUAGAAGUCCAGUAACUUAUCUUGUGAGGGUCCUGAACCGCACCAGGUUUUGUCACGCUGAUCAUCUAAGACCAAGUCAGGUGGAGGAAGAGGAAAUUUUGGUUAGAAGAGAGGAAGUGCCAGAUCCACCGGAAUCAGUGACCGUCAGCGUGUCGCCGGAGAGAGUAUCUCCAAGUCGGCAGAGUUUGCCGUCAUCGCCAAGGGCCAGAAGUCCACCGUCACCCCAAGGACGGAAGUCGAUGGAAGAGGGGCAGCGUCCAGAGGUGCAGUGCAGUCCAACUCCUGUGGUUAGAAGAUCGCAGCGGACUGUGCGCAAACCAGCUAAACUGGACUUGUAA